AUGGCCGAAGAAUUAAGUAACUGUAACCUAGAUACGUUUGCAUCUGCGGAUGGUGCAUUGAAGGAUUAUACAUUAUAUCAACUCUAUAACAAGAAUUUUAAUAUACCGUGUAAUGAUGAAAGAGAAGAAUUUAGUUGUAAUACAGGCCAAAAUUAUAGUUUUGAUGAUGAAAAAAUUAAAGAAUUUUACAAUAAACUAGUGCGUAAUUUAAAAAUGAUAUCAAAAAAAGAUCAAUAUUUUAAUAGUUUAAUUAUUAAUGAAAAUAAAUUAUGUACAUAUCUGAAAUACUGGUUUCAUGAUCAAGUAAUAAGUAAGAAAUAUAAUAGUACUGAAGUUGAUAAAAUUUUUAAAGCAUGGAAUAAUUCAGAUAACUCAUUUCUAAAACAUAGCCCUUGUUAUAUUCAUGCAUUAAGUUUAAAUAAAAUUCAAGAAAUAAAACCAGUUUAUGAUUAUUUUAUAUUAUAUGAUCGGAACAAUAAUAAAGAAAUAGAAACUGAUAAAAUAUUAAAAACUAAGUAUUGUGAGUACUUCAAAAUAGCUCAGAUGAUGUAUGUUUCUAAAGACACGAUGUGCCAAAUAAAUGUUUCAUCUCCAGUGUGCAAUGAAUAUAAUCAAAACAUUAAAACUUUUGUUGAAUAUGAUGAAGACUUUAUAAUUUCAUGUGAAAGCGAGGAAGAAAUUGUAAAGGCAAUAAAAACUAUUAUAAUCGUGUUAAUAUUUUUAUUUUUCGGUAUACUUUCCUUAUUACUUCUGUAUACUAAGGUAAAGAAAAUAUAUGCUUACGCGUACAAUCAUCAUAAAAAAGUAAUAUUUAUAACUUUUUCUAUAUGUAUAUGUAUAAUUGUAACAUAG